CAACAUUUAUUAGUAUAGAAGAUCGUUGCAAAGCUUCUAAGCUUCUAUUAUCUUUAUAUUUGUCAAUAUCUACUUCUGAUAAACUAAAGUAUGAUCCAAUGUCAUAUUUUAAUAAUAUAAUUAAAAGCCUUUCUAUGCAAACACAAGAAAAUAAAGAAUUACUUAAGCCUCUUGAAAAGCUUUCAAUGACAAAAGCAAUUCCUAUCCAAGAAAUAUAUAUAUUUUCUAUAAAAGUUUAUACCAAAUCUAUUCAUAAAAGCGUCUCAUUGUAUUCAGAACAAAAGGCGAAACUAAUUAGAAAAGAAUUAGAAAGAUGUGAAACUGGGGAUUUAGAACUGGAUAUAACGUUAAGUCAUUUAAAAUUACCUUACUCUUUAAAGCAUGAAAGAAUUAUCAAAGUUCCUGAAGAAAUUAUUGGGUUAUCGAAAUCUAUACUUGAUCAAAAGAAGGGUUAUAAAAUUUUAUCACUUUUUAAUAGUCUUUUAAAUUUGAAAGAAAGAAUAACUAUUGAUCUAAAUAAAAUUGAAUUUAUUAUGAACAAGGAAGAACAAGAACAUGAAAAAAUGAGGAAAAAAUAUUUACACAAAUGGUCAUAG